GGAUUUCAGUCCGGAAGUAAUAACUUGUCGCCUGGUUGGUUCGGUUGUCAUAUUUGUAACUGCACACGGAGGUAUUCAAAAUGAAUCCAUUGGAUUUCCUUGACGAAAACCAACUUCAAGUGUUUUUCCGAUGCAAUAAGACAGAAAUGUCUUGCAUGGAUAAGCCGCAAACAUUUUUAAACCAGCUGCGGGACCACAAGCUCAUUCUUGAGGAGAAAUAUAAGAAGAUGAUCCGUAUAAAGAGCAUAGACAAAAUGAAGACGAGUGUAUAUGAACUUCUGGACUGGAUCGAGACCGAGCGACCUCGGACCAUCAGGUUGUUCUGGACCUGCGUCUUCAAGGAGAUCAUCACGACCCAGUACCCCACUCUGAAGCGGCUACGAGACAGCCUCCUCGACGGAUCCUUCCAGUUUUUUGAUGGAGAGGACAGCGACAAACAUACAAGGGGAGGACUCUCGGAAGAGGAGUACCCGGAGAAAGAGCGAGGGGGGAGAGGCAAACGUGGGAGUUUCUGCGACCGGGACGACCGGCAGGGGCAGUCUUCUUCUCAGGCAACGCCAAGGAAGAGGAGGAAUCUCAUGAAGCCAACCUUCGGCUCCUUCCCACUUUCUGAUGAGGAGAGCAGUGGCGAACAUGCAAGGGAAGGACUCUCGGAAGACAAGUCCAUGGGGAAAGAGAGAGGGGGGAGAGAUAAACUUGGGAGUUUCUGUGACCGGGACGAGCAGCAGGGACACUCUUCUUCUCAGGCUUCUCCAAGGAAGAGGAAGCCAACCUUCGCCUCUCUGCCGAAGGGGGAAAAUGUGGAGGUCUGGACGUGGGAUCUAUUCAGGCACCAGCUGCCUGUUACCUGUGGUGACGAGCAGGGGAUGCUCUACCGCAACAAACUGGCAAAAGGAGAGCCGUGCAUCCUGAGGAGCAAGAAGUGGUACACACCCUGCGCGUUUGAGAAGCUUAGCGGCAAGCUCAGCUGCAAGAACUGGAAGAAGAGUAUCCGUUGCAAGGACACCACGUUAGAAAAGCUAUUGAAGGACGGACACCUGACAUGCCCGGGAUAUAAUAAGAGCAAGGCUAAGAAAUCAACGCUCCCCUGCAGCUCAAACACCGUUUCAGCUAUCUCUGAAAGCGAAGAAGAGAUGGAGGAAGAGGAGGGGGAGGAGGAGGAGCUGCAGGCCAACCUGGAUGAAGAAGAGGUCAGCAUGGAGGAUGAAGUGGAACUGCAGGGGAAUGACUGCUCUACGCAGCGCUCCGAUACAGACCAAGGAGAUAAUCUGGAGGAAGUGACAGACGAGAGGCCCAGGGUCGGCCAGAAUGAGUUCAGAGUGAUAUGUGGAGCUCUGAGUGGGAUGCUGCACAAGAGCCGCUUUGCCUCAGGGAGGUGUGGGAACAGUAUUCGGACAGAGGACCGUUGGAUGAGUCCAGUGGAGUUCGUGGAGCAGGGUUCAGCAAUGCUUAACGCCCCCUGGAGGAGGGACAUCCAAUGGGAAGGACAGCCGCUCAGCAGUCUCAUUGAGAGGAAGAUGUUGCACUUACACUCUGAGCAGUGUGACUGUCCACUGUGCCAUCCAGACCCUAAAGUCCUGGAGGAACAGAAGAACGAUGAUUAUUGCUUUGUGUGUGGGAGACGGGGUGACCUGGUGAUGUGUGACCACUGUCCACGCUCCUUCCACCAAAAGUGUCACCUGCCCCAGCUGGACCCCUCUAUAGUGGAGGACGACAGUAAAUGGAUGUGUACAUUCUGCAUCUGGAAUAGGAAUGAGUAUUUCUUUCGAAUGACGUACGAAGAUACCCUCAUGCAUCCUGUCUCCAACCACAUGCUGCCGUGCCACUACCUGCUCCUGUCUCUCUACAAUGCAGACAAGGAUCACAUUUUUGCUAAAGACCCAUGCAUCCAUGUGAGGGGAUACAGCUCUCAAAUCAUGACUCCUAUGUGGCUGGACAAGAUCACAGAGCUCCUAGGCCAGCAGUACACCGUUGGACAGUUAUUAACCGAUAUCCAACUCAUUUUCUCCAACUGUGAUAAAUUUAACCAGAAUCGACCAGAGUUCCGGGACAUGGGAAUCAAACUGAAAGAGUUCUAUGAACAAGUUGUAGAAAAGGUUUUUCGCAGGCAGUAGCAGAGAAAUGCAACGUGCUGAUGGACCUUGGACAUGCUAGAAUUAAAUGCGUGGAUUUGUCACUGUGCUGCGUUUAGCACGUUGAGGAACAAGGCAGUUUAGCAAUAAGAACGGGUACUCGUCUGUGUGAAAGGCAUAACUUUCUUUACUUUAACAUAAUAUAACUUUUUAUAAUGUUCUGGUCUUUAAUGUAUAAAAUUAGGGCUGUCAAAUAUUAUCAAAUGGAAUGACACAUUAUCAUUAAUACAAAAUAUACUUAAUAAAUAAAAACUAGACCAAGUGAUUUUGAGGGAGUUUUAUUGACUUACUCAGUGUGGGUUGAAUGUGAAACUUAUAGAACACAACAAAUUUGGGAAUUGUAAACGGGAAGUUACUUAGUACAAUUGAAAACCAACAGUUACUACAAGUGAAGUUCAACUCAAAUAAGUAGCGCCACAGAUUUGGGAAUUGUAAGCAAAAAUCACAGCCAAAGUAUUAAUAUAACUAAUGGAGAUUUUCAACAUCUCAGGAUGAAGAUAUUUGUGGUUCUAUUUAAUGAUAUACCCAAUAUAUUAUAAGCAUCGUUUCUUAUCAGUGUUGUAUGCAUUUUCGUUAUCGACGUGUGUUCCUAAUAUGCAUGUGUCCCCCUGUUAAUAUACAUUGCCAAGGACUUUAUUAUUCGUUAUGUGUUUAGUUUGCGUGUGUUUAAACAGAUGGACGCAUACACACGCGCCUGGGUAGAUUUCUUUUCACAUUAUGCAAUUUAUGAAGCUUUUCUCACAUCUCCAGACAAAAUAUGUCAUGCGCUGUGACAUGACAUUACAAUAAAAUUAAAAUGUUUAAAUAUUGAUUUCAAAUAUAAAUCAGGUAUGUUUUAUGUCUAAGAAUUACUCUUAAGGAACGAUCAUUACAAUUCUGCAUAUGUAUUUUUGCAAAGCUGUUUUUGGAUUCUAUUCCUUACUUGUGCCAUCUUUUAUCACUUGCUCCCGUGGAAAUAUUGUGUAAAAUAAGACAAAAUAUUUGAAAAUGUUGAUUUUUUUCUUUUGAUAGUUGUAUUAUGCAAUGUUUUCAAAUGAACAUAAUCAUUAAAGCUAGUUAACAUAGUAAAAGUUA